AUGUUUAUCCAUUAUCAUGUGGAUAUUUGCAAUCAAGCCAAUCAGUCGUAAAUCCNUCCAAUAUAAGAAGCUGAAGCAGGAUUUCUAACUGUAAUUAAUAUCCAAUAUUAAUUAUAUAGGAUUAUUGUAGAGAAAAUCCUGCAACUGCUGAAACUGCAAGAUAAUAAUAUAAAACCAGAGUUGAAAAACAUAAACAACAAAAGUAAAAUAUGGAUAAAAUGUUUGGAGAUGCAUGA